AUGACCAGCGAACCUACAGAAACGCCUGGGUUGACUUUGCCGCCCGCUCCAACGCCGGCUUGGGAGGUCUUACAGAACCUCCAGCAGGACCACGAGAAUCAAGAUCCAGAGCAUGAUGAUGCCGAAACUGACGAGGGGUUUGAUGGUCACAGUGAUUCAGACCUAGACUCAGCCCUGGGCUCCAAUGUCGCGGACUCAACCUAUUCUCUGAGCUCAAGUAUCUUUGAGUACCGAACCUUGCAUGGGAGGACCUAUCAUUCAGAUAGAGGGCAUCAAAUGAUGAUCAGGCUAGUCAAUCUUUGGAUCUUGCUAAGACAUCAUUUUACCCUCCUUCUGCUGGAAGAUAAGCUUCAUCUAGCACCUCUCAAGCCCGAUAUCCAAAGAGUGCUUGACAUUGGGACGGGAACAGCUAUCUGGGCUAUUGACUUUGCCGAUGAACAUCCUCAUGUGGAGGUCGUGGGCACUGAGAUCAGCCCUAUCCAGCCUACCUGGAUGCCAUCAAAUCUACAGCUCGAAAUCGAGGACUGCAACGAUACCUGGACCUUCCGACCCGACUCCUUUGACUUCGUCCACAUGAGAUUUAUGCUGGGAAGUAUUACAGACUGGACUGCCACUUUCAGAGAAGCUUUCACAGCUUGCACUCCGGGCGGGUGGGUCGAAAGUUACGAAGUCUCAUCCACUAUGGAGAGUGAUGAUAAUUCUAUCCCAGAUGACAGCGCUAUGAAACGCUGGGGUGAAGUAUUUGAGGAAGGGGGCCAACGCGCAGGAAGAAGCUUUUCCAUGAUCCGAGAAGAUGUGCAGAGGAGGUCCAUGGAAGAAGCGGGGUUUGUCAACAUCCACGUCGUGGACCUCAAGGCACCAGUUGGCGGCUGGCAUACAGAAGAACGACUUAAGCAGGUCGGACAUUAUAUGCAGGCAGCUCUGGAGAGAGACUACGAAGGGUAUCUUCUGUUCCUGGCAUGCGAGCUUUUGGGAUGGACCGAGGAACAGGUUCGAGCUCUGUGCACCCAGCUCCGACGAGAGAUCCGAUCGGGUCAACAUCAUCCGUACUUCAGACAGAGGAUUGUGUACGGUCAGAAGCCUGAAGUUUGA